GCCCCCACCUGGGACGCGCGACGUCACCUGAGCACCGGGGCACCGGAGCGUACCUGUCCCCACAGGUAGCGCGCCGCCUGAGAGCAGCGGUCCGGUGAACCAGGAGCGGCCGCGGGUAGGGGGGCGGGGAGGCUUCUUUUACCUGCCAUGGCGGAGUCUCAGCUGGUCUGCAUGGACGACGACCACGUCAACGAGAAGAUCCCGGAGUCCAGACCCGAGUUCUACUACAGCGAGGAGCAGCGGGCGGCGCUGGAGCAGCUGCUGCGGAGCGGGGACGGCGCCUUCAAGAUGCGGCUCAAGGAGGACAACACCAGGGACUUCCUCUCCGCCAGGGAGGUGAAAUCCAUCCGCAAAACCUUUCACGAGUACGACACCGACAGCGACUACGAGUCCGGAGAGCACGAGAAGUCCAAGGGGUCCCCCAGCGCGGACUCCGGCGUCCACUCCACCUACUGGCCCCAGAUGUCCGACACCGAGGUCCCGUCUCUGGACAUCGGCUGGCCCGGCAGCAGCGGCCUCUACAAGGGGGUGACCCGGGUGUCCGUGUACACCCAUCCGCCCAAAGAGCCCGGGCCGCACAUCAGGGAGGUGGCGAGGCGACUGAUCCAGGAGUCACACAAGGUGGUGGCCAUAGUCAUGGACCUCCUGACGGACCUGCAGAUCCUCCAGGACCUGCUGGAGGCCUCGUCGCGGCGCGGAGUGGCCGUCUACGCUGUGCUGGAGGCCGGGGGGGUGCCCCACUUCCUGGAUAUGUGUGCUCGGCUGCAGAUCGGCGCGGCACACCUGCGGAACCUCCGUGUGCGGAUGGUGAGAGGUGCAGGACUGGCCCUGUCCUUUGGCAAACUGCCCGGCUCCUUGUCUUCCAAGUACAUGCUGGUGGAUGGAGAGAAAGUCAUGUUUGGGUCUUACAGCUUCACCUGGAGUUCGUCUCGACUGGACAGGAACACGAUCACGGUGAUGUCGGGACAAAUCGUGGACUUCUUCGACAACGACUUCAGGGAGCUGUACGCCGUGUCUGAACAGGUGGACCUCUACAGGGAGUUCAACAUCACCAGGCCGCCCGUUGCCACGCCCAUCACGAAGCCAGUGGUGGAGCAAAACUUGCCUUUGCCCGUCUCCACGUCUCGCUUUCAAAUAUCGGUCGGGGCAUCCAGACAGAUCGACCUGAAGGUGCCAGCUCAUAAAUACCACAAUCCCAAGUACUCUCUGGUUUUUGGGAACAGCACGGGCCUUACGGGUUCCCUGCAAGACCUGUCGACUCCGAGGGACCCGCUGGUUGGUGGGCUGACCCAGAGGAAUGGCCUGCAGAGCAACUUCAGGGAAAAGGUGGGCCGAGUGUCCCCGAAGAGUCCUGGUUCACCUGCAGAGGAGGAGGAUGAGGAUGGAAAGGGAGGCCCGAAGAAAAACCCGCCGCUCGGAGCGAAGAAACAGCGCAGCUCCUUCAGGCACUUCUUAAAAGGCAGAGGAGCCGCUCAGAGCGUAGAGACUAUAGAGGAAGGUGUGGUCUCUCCUCAGAGCCCUACGCCCACCUGGAAAGUGGCAGACACCAAUGGCGUUGCGGGAAAUGAGCUGGACGACUCGUUUGAGAUCAUCGAGAAACCAGGUCCACUGAAAUCCAAAAACAAGAAGCCCUCAAAGCUCAUUCAGAGGAGUAUGUCUCUGCAGACCAUCAACACAGGAGAUGACGACGGACUCAAAAGCCGGCGGCGGCAUCAGAAGAAGAACUGCAUCCAGUCAUGAGAUGGAAAACUACAGCCCUGUCAUUAGGGUUGUAAAGAGCAGCCGGAGGAACUGAUGGUUAAGCAUUAUGCAACGGCUGAGUCACCGUGUCAACUUACCGUAACCAGGUGAUGUGACUUUACGAGAGAGACGAGUGCAGCCAGUGUCUCCGGCCUGUUCCACCGCUUGAGUUUGGGUGAAAGUCCUUUUCUGUGCCUCAUGGGAUUCACCACCGAAGAGAUGUCGUUUAACUAAUCAUGUGAGGGGAAAAACCCUCUCACCUUGUAGCCACAGGGCGGAUGGAUCUCAUUGCCAAGGGUUGUUUUUAUAUUUUACAGUUGUACGCUUGAACCUUGACAAACACAGAGUAGCCGUGGCGUGACCCAGGGAGCGUGGGGGGGAGGGGUUACGUCACGCCUCUUGGUUGCCCUGGAGACAGGAAAAGUGAUCACUUGUGGUGUUGUCUCACCUUACGGGGGACCCUCGGUAACUGAAUAAGUGUGUCGCGCAGGCUGUGAAUAAUGUAGUGUCGACACAGUCCUGCUUUAUCAGAGGAUGUUGUUUCUAAGCCUGUUCGUGCCCGCGGCACCUGUACGUCUGCACUUAGGGAUUUUGGUUUUAAUCCAGGUGAAACUGAAAGACAUUAAAAUGAGAAUCCUUGAGAACCACUUGAGACGCAAAUAAUCGCGUUUUUCUUUUUUUUUUGUAAAAAAUAAAAUAAAAA